AUGUCGAGCACCUUCCUCCGCACUUGCAUUAGCCAGGCACUGCAGAUGAGAGCACCCUACUUGCUGUCCUGCCUCUUCCUCCUGAGCCUGGGGGCCUGCUUCCCUCCCAGUGAGUGGCAGGAGCUGGAAGACCCUGGGGAAGGGACCCCGCUCAAGCCCGGCUGGCAAGCGGCACCUGAGGACUCGAGUGCCUGCUGGAGGGCAGCAGCAAAGCAGAGGUGCAGCGAGGAGCUGAGCACACUGCUGGGCAUCACCAGGGAGCUGUGGGGCUAUGGCAAGGAGGGCAGAGAGCAGCGGCUGGGCAGGCGAGGGGGCUCCAAGCUGCUGCCGGUGGGAGGGGAGAAGCGCAGCGGCACGCUGGGGAACCUGGCUGAGGAGCUCAACGGCUACAACAGGAAAAAAGGGGGCUUCACCUUCCGCUUUGGGAGAUGA